UCCAAAACCUUAUGAAGACUUCAAAAUUGUAACAAUAUUGUAUAGUACGCCAUCUAGCAAGUGUCGCUGAUAUCCUAUUAAAAUUAAUAUUAUUAAAAAUAUUGAACAUUUAACAAACAAAAACUUUGCUAAAAGCACAAAAGUAAAAAAAAAUAAGAUUAUUAAAGUAACAAAUUUUUAUAGAUCUCGAAGCGUGUAAUAGUAACAUGUAUUCAUUAAAUGAUGGUUAAGAUUUGAUGUCAGUGCAGUCAAUAAAGGACGAUAAAACCAAAUGGAAAAUGAAGGACUCAGCGUACGUAUCAGAUUCCCAUGUUGACUCAAAACAUUUUUCAAAUCGUAAUCAUAAUGAAAGAAUUAUUAACUCUGAUCAAAAUCACAGAGUUACUGGAACUAACCCAGAAUCUAGCUCGAGUUUUCUGCUAUCGUCACAUGACAAAAAUUCUAUAAGUAGAAAUAAUUGUUUUGUAAAAUCAAAUACAACAGGAGAUCGGAAAAACGUUGAUAGUAGUAAUAUGUUAAGAAAUGUCAAAGUGAAUACAGUAUACAAUGAAAAAGAAUUAAAAAAUAUUUCUUCAUUAGGUAGCUUAGGGAUUCUAACAUCGAAAAAUAUGGCAACAGUAAAAAACGAUAAAUGUGUUAAAAAUAUAAAUGAUUUGAAAAAAGUGAUCCCCAAAGUUAAAGUUGUCGAAAGUGAAAUGAAUAAUUCCAACCAAGUAAACAAAAGUUAUAAUUUUUUAGAUGUAGAUUCAAAUAACGAUAAUAUAUCACAUGCAGAAAAUAAUAAAAUUCAACUAAAUAAUUAUUGUCGUACCUGUGCUGGACUAAAAAUUCCAUUAGUAGAUAUUUUUGGUGAAAGAGGAAUUCAAAUGAGGUUGAAUCAGCAAAUGAAACAUCUAGAGCAUAUUGAUGAAAAUGAUAGCUUGCCGACACAAAUAUGUAUGGACUGUAUUUGUGAUUUAAAAAUGAGUUAUAAGUUUUUUAUGCAAAUAAAAAAGGCUGAAGUUAAAUUAAGAUCAAUUUUUAUGUCUUUAAAUUCAGUAAAUACGCGUCAAAAAGAAAUGAAGCCCGAUAAGUCGGCAACAAAAAUGUAUCAUAAACUAGACGAAAUAAUUGAGCAUCCAUCGAUAGAAAAUAAAUCAGAAUUUUCGCAAUUAAUCAUUAGUUCAAGCGUUAAACCCCCAGAUAGUUCGUAUGAAUACUCAAUGAGUGAUUCGGUAGAACCUAAAACAAAAAAACAGUGCAGUGAAUAUAGUAUUAAUAAAGAAUUUAUUUCUGACGAUUCUACGCUCUCAGUAGGUAAAUGUGAUGAUUUACAAUUUGAUGUGGGAACAGAUUCUAGUUCAAAUAUUUCACAAGGAAAUGCUGACGUUACCAAUGAAAAAGUAAUUUUUUCUGAAAAAGUUGAACCAUGUGAAAGAAGGGAAGAAAAAUACGAAAUCUCAACAUCUGAAUCAAACUAUCAAUAUGAUUCAGAACUUGAUAAUUAUAGUAAAGUAGAGGCUAAAAGUAUAAAUCAAUUGAACCUAGAUGUCCAUGAGCCUGAGUCUAAUUUAUUUAUAAAAGAAAAUUUAAAAGAAACAAACAUUAGAAAAACAAAAAUUUCAUUAGAUGCAGUUGACAAUAUAGAAUCCCUGGUAAAAGAAUCAAAACUUGAUAAAUUAGAUACUAUGGUUGGUAAAAAAUUAGACGAUCAAGGUAUAAUGUACGUUACUGUAAAAGGUUCUAAACCGAGUGAGAUGCUUUUGGUUAAAGUUAAAAAAAUGGAUAAAGCUGACGACAAAAAAGGAGGGAAUUGUUUUAAUAAGAACAACACUGAAGCCAGAAUUGCCGAAAAAUUUUGUAGAACUUUAUCAUACAAAGAUAUAUAUAAUAAUCGUACGAAAGAAAUAGAAAACCGCGGAGCAAUAAUUGAAGAACAAAUUGAAGAAUACAAGAAAAAACGUGAAAAAUUACUUGGUGUUGUCAAUUGCAGUAAUAGUACAUUUGAUACUGAUGAUUCAAUCAAUUCUAUUAAUAUAAAGAACUCAGCCGGAGAAAACAAUUCUUUUAUGAAGAUUCAACGACUCACUCAAAUAGAAUAUAUCAGUGAAAAUAAAAAUAGUAACUUGAUAGAUAUUACAAAAAAUAAAAGCUCACAUUUCCGUUAUGUUGAUCCAAACAAUAAACAAAAUAAUGAAUUGACAGAAAAAAUCUCUAAAUAUUCGAUGUCUAUGGCAACUACUCAACAAAAAUCCGAAAAAAAUAAUUUUUCAAAAGGAUUGUCAAAAAAUGAAGUAAUUAUUUCAGUGGGAAAAGGAAACGUAGAUAAACUUUCUCAGAUUUUAGGUAGAAAUAAAAAAAAUCUACUAGAAUUUCAAGAAUAUCUUAAUCAAAGGAAAAUUAUAAUUGAACGAUUGAAAGAUAAAGACGUAAUAGCUUUAUAUGAAAACCUUAAUGAUGUAAUAAACCAAAAAAAAUUACCAGGUUCAACCAUCGAAAAUCUGUCUGUGAAUCCUACUAUCAAAAUUAAUCUAUUAGAUUGUGAUUACUGUUUAGAAAUAUUUUAUUCUCAAGAAGAUUUGGAAGCACAUCUUAAAGUUCAUGAUUUCAAAAUUUUAUUUUUUUGCGAGGAUUGUGAAUCUGAAUUUUCAACUAAUAAAGCUAAGCGGGCACAUAGUAUAACAUGUGUAAAAAAAUUGAUUUGUAAAUAUUGUAAUUUUGUGCUAGAAUCAAGAGGAAAAAAACGCCAACAUGAACAAAAGCACUGUGAUGCUAUUUAUGGUCAAUUAUGUGACAUAUGUGGUGAAAAAUUUAAACACCAAGGUACAUUAGACCAACACAUUAAAACCCAACACAUGAACUGGGAAAAAAUUUUUCAAUGUCCUAAAUGUCCUAAAAAAUUUGCCUUCAAACAGAAAUUAAGCUUUCAUUUAAAAUCAGUUCAUACUUCUUUACGAGCUUAUCUGUGUGAAGACUGUGGAGCUGACUUUAAAAAUCCAGCAUCUCUUAGGCAUCAUCGUAUUCGAAAACAUCAGCCGUCAAGUAAUAAACGUGAAUGUCAAGUUUGUCAUAAAGUCGUUCCAUUUUAUAGCUUAUCAAAGCAUAUGUACACUCAUAAAGCAUACACAAUCAAAUGUCCGCAUUGUGAUAAAAUGUUUAAAAAUUCAUCUACACUAAAGCAACAUCUACGUAUUCAUGAAGAUCGGCGACCAUACCGCUGUGAACAUUGUGGUGCCGGAUUUAAUCGACGAGAUGGUUUAAGAUUGCACAUGAGGGUUCAUUUAAAAUCUAAUAGCCGAGCUCUUAGGGAAUGUUCUUGCCAGAUAUGUUCAGAGAAAUUUCCUAAUCAUUCAAUGCUCGUUAUCCAUCGGAAUCGUGUUCAUAAAGAUGGCAAACAAUAUACUUGCCAUAUAUGUAACCGCUCUAUGCUUUCUUCCAGAUCAUUAGAAUGGCAUAUGUCUCAUAUUCAUAAUCAAAUACCUCCGGGUAUUUCUAGAGAUCAAGCGGAUCCGAAUCUUGAAAAAAAAAGAGUAUCAUGCAAUCAUUGUAAUAAAACAUUCAAAACUGAAAUGAUUUUAAGAACUCAUAUCAAAAAUACACAUAUGGAAAAGAAUCCAGUCAAAUGUUUAGACUGUGAUUUAAUGUUUACGUCAGAAGUAAGGCUGAAACACCAUAUGAUGAUUGCUCACAAUCGAUUUGAAGGUACACUCAUUUGUCCUCAUUGUCCUAAACGUUUUGUCAAUCAGUUAAGACUCAAAACUCAUAUGAUAUCACAUUCAGAAGAUAGACCAUAUACAUGUGAACUUUGCGGUUUUAAUUUAAAAACCAAAAUUCAAUUAAUAAAACAUCACCAAAAUAAACAUAGUGAUGAGAGGCCGCUUCAAUGCCGAUACUGUGCUUGGAGAUGCAAGCAAGUUAGUGCAUUGGUUUGUCAUGAAAGAACACAUACGAAUGAGCGACCAUACUCUUGUAUUGUUUGUAAACAACGCUUCAAAUAUCUUGGAGAUAAAAAUAAACACCAAAGAAGGCAUGAGAGCCUUGGUGGUUCAGGAUUUAAACGAAUUGUAGCCGGAAGAAAUCUUAAACAAUCCAAAAAUCAUGAAGCCGAAAAUUCAUCUUCAGAUCAAGAACAGUUGGAACUAGAAGGCGAAUAUGAAACAAUCAUAGAAGGCGAGCAACAAUUCGAGGAGCAAGUUGAACAUGAAACGAUGUAUGAAGAUGAUCAUGAAACUAUCAAAUUUGAAACUGUAGAAGUUAAUGGAAACUAUGAACAGGAAUAUGAUGAAACUUCCGGAGAAGUUUCUGACUCGGCUGAAGUCAUCAUGAGCAUUGAAGAUACGCCAGUCUAUACUGAAGAGGUUACUGCUGAUAAUAUUGAGCAUAUGGGCAUAAUAGCUGAUGAUAUUACUAAUCACAUAUUACAACCUGGAGCAAUAGUGCAGAUACGACAACAAGAUGAAAAUGGUAAAAUUCAAGUUAUUCCUGUUAUGCUAGCUUUACCUGAGCUGAAUGAAUCAGGUACUGAAGUGAGUUUAACAACUGCAUCAAUUAUUUAUGAUGAUGAAAACAAUUGAUAUGAUAAAUAUUGAUUUUAUUUACUAUUUUAGUUAUCGAAAUUAAUUUGGUUUUAUAAUUAUAAUACUAUUUACUUUUAGUUGUUAACUUAUCGAUUGUAAAAUAAUUAUUUCUAAAUUAAUCGUACUAUAUAACUAAUAUUACUGUUAGAGAAUAAAGUGAUAUCGUAAUUAUUGUGUUAAUAAAAAACUAAGCCUAUCCAAUGUCAUGAAGUAUGAAUUUAAUUUUAUAAAUACUCACAAUAUUUAUAUUUUUAGAUAGUUAAACAAAAAAUUAUCUAAUUGAAUUUAUUCAAGUUUAUUAUUGGACUAUAAUUUCAUAUUUUAACAUUAGCAUAAAAGUAUGAGUUUUAUAAGUUACCUCUCUUGGUUUAAAAGGUUAAUUGAUGAUAACCCAACAAAAUUUUUGUAAUCUCAAAAAUAAAUGUAUACUAUUUUUGUGACAGUGAUCUAUAAACUUAACAGCUUGUAUUUUAAGAUUCGAAAGUAAUAAAUAUUUUAAUAUUAAAAAUUGUA